CGCGGUGACGCGCACGCCUCAAAUUGAGUGUGAGCGGUGACGAGCCCCACAGAGGAGCUUUCCUCCAGACCUGCGUCAGACGCACGUCUCCUUUAGGUUUUUGUGUCGAGCGAUAUGUGUGGCAUUUGCUUAAGUAUCAAUGUAAUAUUUGCACGGUUGAGGCUUGGAAGCCAAGUUUGAGCGUUUAGUAGACGGCUCGCUUGGCUACUUAACGCCACAGAAGUCCCUGGAAGAAAUUGACGCGGAUUGAUACAAUUCGACGCAGGGGCUCGGAGAGGAGGGUGGGGGAACCUUUUUCCUCAAGUGCGACUUUGCGUCCUUUCUCGCCUGCAAUCGUCCCCAGAAAUGGUGGGGCACCUUCACUUGCAAGCGAUGGAUGAAAGUCUCAAAGGAAAGAACCGGGAAGGGCUGCUCGACAGCCCGGACUCGGGGCUGCCUCCCAGCCCAAGUCCGCCCUUCUGCUCCCUUUCUCCCGCUCUCAUCGAGCCGCGCUCCGGCAGUUGCGCGACCCCCGUGGAGAGCCAGCAGCAAUCGGCCUGGAAGAAGGACGUGACUCGGGAGGGGAAACUGCUGCCUUACCUACUGCUCAACAACACAGGAACGGAACCCAGGACCCGCAUGUAUCCUGUCUUCUAUGGGGAGAGCAUCGAAGUUGACCCAAAGCCAGAGCAAGAAGUCAAGUGCACAUCAGCGGUCCGUUACGACUCGGACAAGCAUUACCAAAACCGGGUUUACUGUGUCCCCGUUCCCACGGUGACUGCAUAUAGCGAGACGGUGGUGGCAGUGCCCAACUGCACCUGGAGGAGCUACAAAUCCCAAGUGUACCUGGAGCCGCGGCAGAAGCCCGUCAGCUACCAGACCACCACCAUCGUGUACCCAAAACACGCCAAGAACAUUUACCGCACCACGCUCAUCUAUAAGGGCACGGCUGCACGUCGUUGGUUCGUCUCCAGAGUGCGGCUGGAGUCCAGCGAAGAUUCAAGUCCUUGUAUCAUUUACACGGAGGACCUGUAGGCCCGCACCCAACAUGGUUUUUUUUUUUUUUUUUUUUUCAAGGACUUGAGUACAACAUAUUAAAAGAGCACGAUAACUGGAGGCUUAACCUUUUAUUUUUUUAUUUUUCUCAUCUCAACCCAAAGGAAAUCUUUCAACUUUGUACUGGUGUGGUUUUUGAAAACCUCAUUGGCUAAUAAUGUCUUACUAUUUAAGGAGAACGAGAGCUGACAUAACUCCUUUUGCUCCUGCGGAAUUGACUUUUGUGAGAAGAGUCACGCAAGAGAUGACAGAGAGAAAAUAUCAUGACGAAGAUCUGAGGAUUUAAUUACAUGAGCUGGUGCAGCUUUUCUAAGUUCCAGUUUCAUUGCACUUGUUUCCAUAUAUGAAAAGGAUCUCGAUGUGUGUGGGUGUGUUUGAACGAUUGGACCAAAGUAAGUUAGCAGCCACACAAGCUGCACAUGGCUUCAUCACACCAUUUUCUCACCAUAUUUAUAGCUAUACCUGAUUGUAACAUGGCAUCCUAUUUAUGCAUUACAAUUAUACACUGGAGUAUGAGUGCCACACUGAAAAAAGGAGGGGAAAAAACAGCCCACUAGAAUAAAGUAAGAAAAAAUAAAAAUUCAGAGCACCAUUAUGUGCAGUUAAAUAUAUCUGAGAGAAUUAACCUGACCGCAAACUGUUAUUUGAAUAGUUUGUAAGUGUUUUCAACAAAUAUUUGUUUUAUCCUAUGAAUGCAUGGGCAGUCCAUUAAGAGAAACUGGUUGCUGAUUGUGGGACUUCAUUGCCAUAUAACAGUGUGGUCUAAUACUCCCUUGCAUAAUUACGAAUCAUUAAAAAUAAAUUCAAGAAGUGGCAAAUUUGGAAAGCCCCAGAAAAGGUGUUAUUAAUCACUUUUGCUGUAAUGCUGAAGGUAAAUGGAAAGUGAGAGGAUCUGAUAUGACCAGGUGAUUAAGAAAAUAUAUCAGGUCGACAAGUUCUUUUCAUUCUAAUGCAAAAAUUCAGUCAAUACCGGUAUGAAUAGAUCGCUUCAUUUUUCUUUUCUUAAGGUUUUUACAUGCAAAAUUUGGUGCAGACUUGACUGGUCGUAAACAAAUGUGGAAGCUGUUCUAACAAUGCACACCUUCCAUUGCAUCUGCCAAACGACCAGUGAACACAGAAUGGCAGGUGCAAACCUGUGCGUGCAGAAUUGCUAGCGCAAAACAGCAGGUUUUUGAAAUGCCAGAAACCAUUGUCUGGUGAGGAAAGCCAAUCUGAAGCUUGUAUAUAUGGUUUAAAUCAGUGGUCCCCAACUUUUAUUUGCGCCCCGGAUCGGUUACGUGUCAGGAAUAUUUUCGCGGACCGGCCUUUAUAUAAAUAAAUAAUAGUUAUAGAAAUAAAUAAAUGCAUUUAUAAUAAAUAUAUAAAUGCGAUGAAACGAUACGACAGGCGUAAAAACAAGAAUAAAAGACAUAAAAAUAAAACUCACCAUUAUGUUGAAUUAGUGGGAGCACUGAGCUUGUUUCUCAGAAACGAGCCGGUCCCAUCUAGGCGUGAUGGGAGACAAUGACACCCGAAGUGGUCGUUUAAUGCAGGAUGCUUGGUCCCCAUGUGCCAAAGCGGUUUUGAAGGCUUCAAAAUUGUCCCCACUUAUGCAGAGUGGGCUUGGCGCGUCAAUCACCGGUGCCGAUAAAUCCAUAUUUUAAGUAGGACUCCAGAAAUGUUCUUUUAAAUGCAGCUUUCCUUUUCUUAGAAGUCGUAGCCUCUUCUUCCGUCUCCUCAUUGGGCUUUUUUUCCUUUCCGAAGAAGCCUUCCAAACAUUUUUGCUUGCUUCGCGUGCUCGACUGACGUCACGUGACCGAGACAAGCCUCUUGACUUGAACCGACGGAUGUAAUUGGGAGAGAAUCGCCCAAUUUUUUUUUAAUUUUUUUUUUAAUAUAUUUCAAAAUAGAUUCUUACUCAUUUUUUGCUAGCUUUGCAGGUUCGACUGGGAAAACAUGUCACGUGACCAGGACGAGCGUCUUGAUCUGAAUUAAUUGAUCGUCGAUAAUAAUAAUAAUAACAAAUCCUGUGCGGCUUGGCGGCCCGGUACCAAGUGACCCACGGACCGCUAUCGGUCCGCGGCCCGGUGGUUGGGGACCACUGGUUUAAAUAAUUGAAAGAUGUCAUGCCACGUCAUCUAAGACAAAACUGCAUAAACGCCUCAUUGUUUUGGGGUAAGAGUUAUUUCAGCACUCUGACAGCGAAUGCUGGCCUCUACCAUGUUUUCAAGUGCGCUUUCCCAUAUUUAAAUGUGGUGUUACCUAGGAUGUACAGAUAGAUCCAUCCCAGAUCACAUGCAGUUAGAGUAAAUGAAAAUGCAAUUUUGGACCUGCUGUUUGUGAUCUGACUAAAUCAAGCAAAGCCAAACAUUUAGUCGAACUUCUAUUUGACUGACAUCUAGUUUGUUUGCAAUCAGUGUGGCAUAAAGUGAAUUAAAUUUCCUAAUGUUAUUUUUCAUUUCUAUACAAAUGUGUACACACUUGAUGUUUAGACUCUGUCAGUUCUGUCGCUUGAAAAAAAAAAGCCUCAAAGUGUGUAUGAAAGCCGCACGAGUGGUGCAUGCUAGGAUUAACCGAGGAAACAGUACGUUGUGAUUAAAGAGAUGGUAGUUUAGAAGUCUGAAUUUAGAUUCAUAUCAGAUUGAGCUGUGGAAAUGAGAGCGAAGAUUUUGCAGGGAACAGCCAGGUGUCGAUGGUGACUGAAAUGUUAUAAGAACGAUGUGAAAAGCUGGUUGGAUGUGAACUUGUUAGUAUUUUGCUGGUUUCAUGUCAGUUCAAGUGUGUGCUUCCUAACACUUGAUUUUGUUAUUGUAAAAUAGUUUUCUGAUAUAUAUGUGGACUUGAGGCACUUCAUAAUUGUCUUUUUAUUUUUGUACGUCAGCUGUUGUUCCUAUUUCAUUUAAUUUAAAGAUGUAUAUUGUGACUGAAUUUGGAAAAAAAUAAUCUAUAUCUUGGACUAGAGGUCAUUUGUGAUUUUGGAAAAAUAAACAUAAAGCAGGUAACACAACAUAAGGUGUUUCCUUCAGGAA